AAGUGCACUCAAGAACUAGAAUCUUUUGUUGUUGCAAUGUCUUUGGAGAGUUCUAUGCAAGUCUUAAAUCCUCCGAAUGAUUGGGAAACUCUGUGUUUAUGUGUGAUUUAUCUCCUGUCCAUUGCUGCCGUUAUGAUGCUAUCGCUUGUGCUCGUCAAUGUUUUACGUUAUUGCUUCACUAAGGAAAAUGAGCUUUUGUUGAGGGAGCCGGAUCCUGAGUUGCGGAAUCAGUUGAAUUCUUUCCGCAUUGUGUUGCAAAGAAAUUUGUGCUCUUUCUCCCUACGCAGACGUGGCGCAAUUACCUUUUCCCACGUAUUCCAUCAUUUAUGGGCUGCAGUACUUAAUCGUUAAUAAAUUGAACUCGCAAUUUAUUUUCGAUACAUUAUCAAGUUUAAGUUUUGAACAGCAUUUUAUCAUGUUUUAUUUUAUUUGUUUCAUUAUGAUUGUUAUUAAGGCAGCAGUCAACCACAUGAACAAAAUACAAUAAAAUGGUAUGCGAAAUAUA